CCCCUUCCUGGCUGAGGCCGCGCCGCUUCCUCCGUAAUUUCCUGUGGGCGCCGAAGGGGAUUUCCCGGCGCGAAGGCUUCAGGCGGCUCUGCCUCUGGUGCCUUGGACUGUGUGUCAAGAAAACCCAGAAGAGGGUUGGCAGCUGAGCUAGUGACAAUGGAGUCACAAGUGAGUUGGGAAUUACUCUAUCUACUGAGAUUGUAUCUCUAUUUCUAGUAUGUGUGUAUGUUUUUCCUACAGGCAAUUGAGGUUCUAAGUGCACUCAGGAGAUUUUUCAAGGAUCUAAGCUUCAGUUAAGUUUCCCAAGAAGUCUAUAAUGGUCAUGUUGUGUCAAAGACUCAUUGAGCGGUGACCUCUUUCCCAAAAUCACACUAAGGUAUUCCAGCCUCUGUUAAUGCUGUGUUUUCACAGACAAGGAAUCAUUGACCUUUGAGGAUGUAGCUGUAAACUUCACCCAAGAAGAGUGGGCCUUGCUGGACACAUCCCAGAGAAAACUAUUCAGAGAUGUAAUGCUGGAGAAUAUUAGUCAUCUCGUCUCAGUUGGUAGGAGAGAUUAUCUUAAAAAACAAGAAAUGAUAUCCAUUCAUCAUUUCCACAAGGGCACAUCCUUAAUGAGUGCAGUGCAGAGAUAUCACAUUGAAGCGGAUCCUUUUGAAUGUAAUGAUUUAGGAAAAAAUUCUAUUGAAAUCUUAACAAUGACUCAGUAUGGGAUUCCUCAAAUGGGAAAGAAGCCCCAAACCAGCCAAGAAUUCGGAAAAGCCAUCAGUUACUUUAAUGAACAGAAAGAAAUUGAUGCUAGAAAUAAAUCAUAUGAAUGUCAUCAACGUGGGAAUGCCUUGAUUCAGAGCUCUGCCAUUAGACAAUGCAAUAAUACUCAAAAUGGAGACAAAACAUUUGAAUGUCCCGUGUGUGGGAAAGCCUUCAGUAAAAGUUCUAACCUUAGACGACAUGAGAUGAUUCACACUGGACUGAAACCACAUGGAUGUCAUCGAUGUGGGAAAGCCUUCACUCAUUGUUCUGAUCUUAGAAAACAUGAGAGAAUUCACACUGGAGAAAAAUCAUAUGGAUGCCAUCUAUGUGGAAAAGCCUUCAGUAAAAGUUCUAACCUUAGACGUCAUGAGAUGAUUCACACUCGAGAGAAACCGCAUGAAUGUCAUCUAUGUGGGAAAGCAUUCACUGAUUGUUCUGACCUUAGAAAACACGAAAGAACUCACUUUGGAGAGAAACCAUAUGGAUGCCAUCUAUGUGGGAAGACAUUCAGUAAAACCUCUUACCUUAGACAACAUGAGAGAACUCACACUCGAGUGAAGCCACAUGAAUGUCAUUUAUGUGGGAAGGCCUUUACUCAUUGUUCUCACCUUAGAAAACAUGAGAGAACUCACACUGGAGAGAAACCAUAUGAAUGUCACCUAUGUGGAAAAGCCUUCACUGAAUCUUCCGUCCUUAGACGACAUGAGAGAACUCAUACUGGCGAGAAACCAUAUGAAUGUCAUUUAUGUUGGAAAGCUUUCACUGAUUCUUCUGUCCUUAAACGACAUGAGAGAACUCACACUGGAGAGAAACCAUAUGAAUGUCAUCUAUGUGGGAAAGCCUUCAAUUACUCUUCUGUCCUAAGACGACAUGAGAGAACUCACACUGGUGAGAAACCAUACGAAUGCAAUAUAUGUGGUAAAGCCUUCAAUAGAAGUUACAACGUUGGACCGCAUAAGAGAAUUCACACUGGAGAGAAACCGUAUAAAUGUUACCUGUGUGGAAAAGCCUUCAGUAAAUAUUUUAACCUUAGACAACAUGAAAGAACUCACACUGUAAAGGUUAUAAAUGUAGAAAACUCACCACCCAUAGAUUCCACUUCUAAACACUCUUGAGGACUCACACAUUGCAGAAGCACUGUAUUUAUAAUCAAUGUGGAAGAGCCUUGAUUCAUCCUUAUUAUUUCGUUCAAUUCCAAAUGAAGAGAAUCCAUAUGUAUGGCAUCUGUGUGACAAAAAUCCUCAGACAAUGGAAUGAUCUGGGAGAUAAUAUAGGACAUGGGAGAACUGAAACUAAAUGGAAUGAAUGUGGAAGAAUGUUUUUGAAUAUAUAUACAGUUCUAACUAGUAAAAUGGAGAAAUCACAUGUCAGAGAAAUUCUGUGUAUGUAAUCAGUAUAGAAAUAUCUUAACUUAUAAUUUAUCCUUUAAACAAAUUGUUAAACUGCACAAGAGAAAAAUUCUAGAUCUGUAAUCAUUGUGCACUCUCAUUCAACUUAGCACAACUCUUGAUAUGCACAAGAAAAUUUAGUGUCAGGUGACUGCUAAAAUAAGACAUAAGUUAAAAAAAUCCACUACUAGGAGGACAGAGCCUCUUGAGGAAUAGCAGAUAACCUUUGCUGAAUUAGUUAUUCUAUACAAAAUGGAAAACAUUAAUAGUGUAACACUUGUAAGACAAAUCAGGAUUCACACUGUAUAAAGCACUCAGUGUCUCAAAUGAAGGAAUCUUUUCAGUGAGUGCAUCUUCCCUAGUCAACACUAAUGAUCUCACGCUGAGGAAAACAGUCCUGAGGAAAAAAGGAAUAAACCCUUAGGCAUAUUUCACGUUAGAAAUUUUGAACUGGAAAAGAAUUUAAAAGAACAGUUGAGAAUAUGGUUCAGCAAAAUCAGAAUUUUACCAAAGAUUUCUUAUUGAAAACAUGUAUGAUAAAAUGCAUGUAUGAUAAAACUGUGCAGCACUUUGGGAAUAUUGAAUGUAGAACCUUAGAAGAAGCAUUAAGUAAGAACAAACUACAAGAUUAAUACUGAAAAAGUGCAAGCAUUAAUUGUUGGAGAAAAAUCUGCUCAGUUAAAUUUGGUCAUUUAUAAAAUAUUGAAUGUGAACUAAGACAUACAAGAUACAAAAUCGCGCAUUAAGUAUGUUUGUGUUAAAUUUAGUGAAAUAUUUUGCCAUGAAAUAAAGAAUGAUUCUGCUCUUUUUUUAAUGUAUAAAAUCAGGGUUUUGACAAUAAUGACUAUAAAGGGAAAAUUCUCUGCAACUGGUAACAUGCAAUCACAUUAAAAUCUUGAUGCUU